AUGGCCAUUACCUUAUAUGAUAUAGUAGAUAUCUACGUAAGAAAAAGUGAUGAUGAUGAUGAUAAAUGUAGUCAAAAGAAAUAUAAAGAUUCAGCAGAAUGUCAAAAACCAAGUUCUGAAGAUGGAUUAACUAUUGGAUUAGCUGUGGCCCUUCCAGCAGUAGCUGUUAUCUUGGUUUUAGGGUUUUUCUUAUUCAGAAAUUAUAGAAAAAACAAAAAGGAAGAUAUGGAACAUGAUCCAGAUUUCGAUGAAAAUGGUGAAGCUACUGUUUUACCUGAUUUCCCACCCCCAAGAUUUCAAAGAGGUCCAAGAAUGAAAGGAGGUUAUGAAAUGGAAGAUCCUUUUGACAACAGAAAUUCUGUAAGAUAUCCAAAUCCUAAUGAAAAAUUCGAUUCAAAAUUUUAUCAACAAAAUUCUAAUAAUUCAUCAGCUUCAAUUACUGCCAGUCAUAAAGAUGCCCCUGUUGAAAGUUUUGUUUUACCUUAUCAACAUCAAAUAGGUUCUAAAGUAUCAUUAGAUGAAUAUGCUAGACAAUUAGGUGGUUAUGAUAAUUCAUACAAUGGAACUCCAAGAGGUUCAUUUAUUCCAAAUCAUGGAACUAGAAAUUCCAGUUUAAGUAACAUCAACUAUUUACAUCAACCACUUACCAAAGCUCCAUCAGUUUCACCUCAAAAGGGUAAAUCUAACUUGAAAUAUGAAAACAAAGAUUAUCAAAACAUUCCUAACCAUUCAAUGGUCGAUACUACUAAUGAUGAAACUGGAUCUAUUGAAGAAGUCAGUGAUAGUGAUGAAGAAGAAGUACCUAGACCAAAUUUUGCUAUUAAUUAUGAAAAUGAAUCAGAACCAAAAAUUAAUUCCACUUUGAAUAAUGUUGUUGAUGUUAAUGAAUCUACUGAUACUUUUAAUACCACAGUUGAUCAUGGAUAUCAUCAAGUUGAACAACCAAGAGAUGAACGUAGUGAUUCACCAUUUGAUGAUCACGCUAAAAUCAAACAUAGUCAAUCGAUCCCUGUGAUUGAAAAUGAAGAACAAAUUGAUGGUGACUUUGAUUUCAGUAAUGAUAGUGGUGCCAGUGCUGUUCAUACUAAUUCUCAUGACCAUGAAACUGCUAAUACCUCAACUACCAAUCUUGAUUUGGAAAAGGAAUUGAAAACCGAACCAACUUCAAAAUUCGAUGAUGAUGAAUUUGAUGAUGUCGAUUAUUUAAAUAAUGAUGAAACUUUAAAUGUUAAACAAGUAAAGCAAGAAGAAAGUUAUGACAAAGUUGAUAAAGAAGAGGAAGAAGAUGAAGAAGGAGGUAACCAAUUAUUAAGUGCUGAACAAGAAGAAGAAUUGAAAAGAAUGAAAUCAGUUUAUAAGUUAUAUUUCGAUAGAGAAAAUUCCGUUAAGAGAAGAAAAGAUGAUAAUGAAGGAGAUUUCGAAUAUCAACCAGAUUUGAAUCAUCCUUUACCUUUAGUUGAUACCAAUCAAUUCUUAACCAUCAAUAAAGAUUUGAAAGCUGAUACUGAUUAUAAUAAAAGAUUGACUACUACUUCAUCGAUUUAUACUGAUAUGAAUGAAGUAAAUAGAGGACAACCAGAAUACCAAUAUGCUUAUCAAGAACAACCAUAUGAUACAAAUCCUCAACAAGAAUAUCAACAAUAUAGUAAUUAUUUACAAGAUCCAAAUUUCCAACAAUUCUACCAAGAACAUAUUCAAAGUUUACCACCAUUACAACAUUUACCUCAUCCUUCAGAUAUUAGACAGUCUACCAUUCAAACUUAUACAGAUUAUCAACCAAGAUCUAAAAAUACCAUGACUUCACCAACCAUGAAACAACCUUUUGUUCCUAUUGAAAAUGAUAAUGUUUGGACAUCACCUGUUAGUACUCCAACUUCAACUCAUGCCCCAACUUUUGAAAAUACUACAUCACCACCAAUUGUUCCAUCAGCAACUCAAAUUUCAAGAUCUUCAGUUGUUAUGUUAAAUCCUGUUACUGAAAUUACUAAACAAAGAAAAUUUAAACCUGCCGGUUCAUUACCAACUCAUGCGAAUAAUCAUGCUUAUGCUAAUUAUGCUAUGAACAAUCAAAGAAACGUUACUCCUCCAAUGUAUCAAAAACGUCUGAACAGUUCAAGAGAUUUAAUACCUGAAGGUAAAAAUGACGUUAGAAGAAUGAUGACUGAUAAUUUUUAA